AUGCUAAAAUCGAAGGUGGAUAUACAUGAGAAACGAGAUAUCGCCAAGUUCAAUGAACUAGAGGCUUUUUUGAAACGGAAGAGUAAGAGUUAUAAGCCGAAAAAGUCUGCUGUUUUAUCUCCUAAUGAUGUUAUCAGAUUUCUAAAGAACGCUCCUAAUGAAAUUCAUUUAUUGCAUAAGGUUGUUUUGAUUAUGGGUUAUUUUGGAGGAUGCAGAAGUCAGGAACUUUUGAAUAUGAAAAUAUCGGAUAUAGAGGACCGGGAUUCCGUUAUGGUAGUGAACGUACCGGAAAGUAAAACUGGUGUAUCGAAGAAAUUUACAAUUGUGGAUGAAAAAGAGUUCUCUGCUUUGCCUUUAUUAAGACUUUAUAUGUCAUUGCGUCCUAAAGGUAUUGAACGAUUUUUUUUGCGCUUCCGACAAAAUAAAUGUACAUCUCAGCUAAUUGGAAAAAACAUGUUUGGGAAAAUUCCCAGCAAAAUCGCAAUGUAUUUAGGAUUGCCAAACCCAUCUUCCUAUACGGGACAUUGCCUUCGUCGCACUUCUGCCACUGCUCUAGCUAAUGCAGAAGCAACUAAGUAUGACUAACUUAAAAAGACAUGGAGGUUGGAAAAGUUCCACGGUGGCGGAGGGGUAUCUGGAGGAUAGCAUCGAAUUGAGAAAUAAAACGGCGCGUAUGUUGUCUACUUAGCCAUUAGAAGAGGCAGGUACCUCGACUGUAGUGAACAGAAGCUCCAGCCAUACAAAAGAAGAAAUUGUUUCCAGUGGCGGUAGUAAUUUUCAGGGAACAUUUUAAAAUUGUACAUUUAUUAUUUGUAAUGACGCAAAUAAAUAAAAUAUGGUUCA